AUGUCCCUGAGGGCGGAGAAGCUGCGUUCGCCGCUGGCGGUGAAGUUCGUCUCGUGUGUACGCGGGCCGCUGAGGGACGAUCACGUUCGCGUCCGUCCCCCGGGCUGCGUGAUGCCGGCCAGGUACAUGCGAGACGCCCGGAGGAUCCUCGACCUGGAGGUCCGGCCGGAAGACGUUUGGAUCGUCACGCUGCCCAAGUGCGCCAUGUACCUUCCGUACUGGGAACACGUGAUUCCUUUCUGGAACAUGCGCCAGGAGCCCCACGUCCUGUUCUUCAGCUACGAGGAAAUGAAAGAGGACUUGGCAUUGGUGGUACGGAGAACGGCUGCCUUUUUGGGGAAGCCGAUCACAGAAGAGAUGGUGGCCCAGUUGGUCGACCAUCUGAGCUUCGACAGGAUGCGAGACAACCCUGCCGUCAACAACAGCUCCGCCGUGGAGCACAUCCGCAAGGAGCACCAGCUGGAGCCAGCUGCCUCCACAGGAAGGUCCUUCAUGAGGCGCGGCGUCGUGGGCGAGGGUGGGCAGCGGCUCUCCGAGGGCGUUCAGCGACGCCUGGAGCACUGGACCGAGCAGCGCCUCCAGGGCCGUGGCUACACGGGGCCCCGCUGA